AUGGAAAGUGAAAAUCAACCUCUUAUGAAAGUAGUAGUUUUGGUGUACAUCUUUGUGUUGGGAAACUUUGUAUCAGCUGAUCGGAGUGGUCACAGAAGUGGAUAUGGGGAAAAUCAGCAACCUCUUUCGCACAUUGCUAUCCACAAAACCGUCCUUGCUCUCCAUGCCUCUGCCUCUAUUGCGGCUUACCCUUUUCUUCUUGGCUUAAAGGGUGAAGAUGUGCAAUGGGUAACUGUGGCGCUUGAACACCCUGAGCCCUCCAACGAUGACUGGGUUGGAGUUUUCUCCCCGGCAAAUUUCAACUCAUCACUUUGUCCAGCUGAUGAAGCAAAUUGGAAAAUAGGAAAACCAUACAUAUGCACUGCACCAAUCAAGUUCAAGUAUGCGAAUCGUUCCAACUCGAAUUAUGCAAAGACCGGCAAAGCGACUUUGAGGUUUCGGCUGAUUAAUCAGAGGGCUGAUUUUUCUUUUGCUUUGUUUUCAGGCGGGGUUGCAAAUCCGAAACUAGUGGCCAUUUCAAACUCCGUAUCAUUUGCCAAUCCCAAAGCACCUCUUUAUCCACGCCUUGCUCUUGGGAAAGCUUGGGAUGAAAUGACAGUGACAUGGACAAGUGGUAAUAACAUAGACGAGGCCGUUCCAUUUGUUGAGUGGGGCCUCAAGGGCGAAACCCAAGUUCGAUCCCCUGCUGGAACAUUGACAUAUGAUCGCACCAGCAUGUGUGGCGAACCUGCACGCACGGUUGGCUGGCGUGAUCCCGGAUUCUUCCACACUAGUUUCCUCAAAGACUUGUGGCCAAACUCUGAGUACACUUACAGAUUGGGUCAUCGUUUAUGCAAUGGUUCAUAUGUAUGGAGCAAAAAGACCUAUUCCUUCAAAUCCCCUCCAUAUCCUGGCCAGGACUCCUUACAGCGCGUUAUUGUAUUUGGAGACAUGGGAAAGGCGGAGCGUGAUGGUUCGAACGAGUUCUCAGUUGAGCCUGGUUCACUUAACACCACAGACCAACUCAUCAAGGAUUUGAAAAACUAUGACAUAGUUUUCCAUAUUGGAGAUAUGGCGUAUGCAGAUGGAUACUUGGCAGAAUGGGACCAAUUUACAGAACAGGUUGGGCCCAUUGCGUCAACUGUGCCUUAUAUGGUUGCAAGUGGUAAUCAUGAACGGGAUUGGCCAAAUUCAGGGUCCUUCUUUGAUGUCGUCGAUUCGGGCGGGGAAUGUGGUGUAGUGGCUGAAACAAUGUUCUAUGUUCCAGCUGAUAACCGAGCUAAGUUUUGGUACUCGGCAGAUUAUGGCAUGUUUAAGUUCUGCAUCGCGGACAGCGAACAUGAUUGGAGGGCGGGAAGCGAACAGUACCAGUGGAUUGAGAAAUGCCUUGCAUCAGCAGAUAGAAGGAAACAGCCUUGGUUGAUAUUCGUGGCUCAUCGCGUGCUCGGAUAUUCCUCUAACCUUUGGUAUGGCCGAGAGGGCUCGUUCGAAGAGCCCAUGGGAAGGGAACACUUGCAAAAUCUUUGGCAAAAGUACAAGGUUGACAUUGCCUUCUUUGGCCAUGUCCAUAACUAUGAAAGAAUUUGCCCCAUUUACCAGAAUCAAUGCGUGAAUGAAGAAAAAUCCCGCUACUCCGGCGUCGUGAAUGGAACGAUCCACAUCGUCGUCGGAGGCGGAGGACGGAGCUUGUCUGACUACAGCAUACUGAAACCAUACUGGAGUCUCUACAGAGAUUAUGACUUUGGAUUUACCAAGCUCACAGCAUUCAACCACUCGUCGCUCCUCUUCGAGUACAAGAAGAGCCGCGAUGGUGAGGUCUAUGAUUCUUUCACCAUUUACAGAGAAUACAAGGAUGUCUUGGCUUGUGUCCAUGAUAGCUGCGAAGCCACCACUUUGGCAACUUAA